AAAAAAAAAAACAACGUGAGAAAAACUGAAAUGUAACAAUCGCACAGAUAUUGAUUCAUAAUGGUGAGAAAACUAAAGUUUCAUGAGAAGAAAUUACUCAAGAAAGUUGACUUUAUUUCAUGGGAUGUCGACAAUAAUUUACACGAGGUCAAAAUAUUGAAGAAGUAUUACAUCCAGAAGAGAGAAGACUACACCAAGUACAACAAACUAUCAAGGCAUAUAAGAGAGUUAGCCAGGAAAGUUAAAGAACUGGACCAGAAGGAUCCAUUCAGAGGAGAAGCCACCUCACAACUCAUAGAAAAACUGUAUAAUAUGGGUCUUAUAGAGACAAAGAGAAGUCUAGAACUCGCUGACAAAGUGAAUGCCACAUCCUUCUGCAGUAAGAAAUUCAUUUUACUCUAUAUUAGGGUAGGUCCUGAAGUUGUCAAAGAUCCAGCUUUUUUAGUUACAAGAAACAUGGAGGACUUUGUUACUUGGACAGAUACUUCAGCCAUUAGAAAACAUGUACUGGACUAUAAUGAAAUGAGAGACGACUUUGAUUUGAUGAAUUGAUCAUUGGCAGAUUCCAUUGUACUGUGUACAGUCAUUUGUAAAUAAAUCUCAGUUAUAAAUAUUGAUA